AUGGCCGACGAAGCUAAGGCCAGAGGCAACGCCGCCUUCUCCGCCGGCGACUACGACGGCGCCGUCCGCCACUUCACCGACGCAAUCGGCUUUGCUCCCACCAACCACGUCCUCUACUCCAACCGAUCCGCGGCCUACGCUUCCCUCGGCAAAUUCUCCGAUGCCCUUUCCGACGCGCAGAAGACUGUUGAGCUCAAGCCCGACUGGGGAAAGGGCUUCUCGCGCCUCGGCGCGGCUCAUAUGGGCCUCCUCAACUACGGCGAGGCCGUCUCGGCUUACCGGAAGGGCCUCGAGAUAGACCCCAACAACGAGGCCCUCAAGUCCGGGCUCGCCGAUGCGGAGGCCGCCUCGGCCCGGAGCUCGAGGCAGCCUCGGCGAGGGCCAGGCGCGAGCCCUUUCGGGAACGCGUUUGGGCCGGAGAUGUGGGUCAAGCUGGCGAGUGAUCCCGGCACCCGGGGCUUCCUCCAGCAGCCGGAUUUUGUGAAGAUGCUGCAGGAUAUUCAGAAGAACCCCAAUAAUUUGAACCUGUAUUUGAAGGAUCAGAGGGUUAUGCAGGCAUUGGGGGUGCUAUUGAAUUUGAAAUUGCAGACGAGGGACUCUGAGCAGGAUGUGGCAAUGCCCAUGCCCACGGCGUCCAAUGGUGGGUCUCCGGAGAGGAAAAGGCCGGCGGCAGUGGAGACCGAGCCCAAAAAGGAGGAUAAGAGGCCAGAAAAAGUGCCGGAGCCCGAGCCUGUGGAGGUUUCUGACGAGGAGAGGGAGAAGAAGGAGAGGAAAGUGCAGGCACUGAAAGAGAAGGAGUCUGGGAAUGCUGCGUACAAGAAGAAAGAUUUCGAGACCGCAAUUCAACACUAUACGAAGGCAAUUGAGCUGGACAAUGAGGAUAUUUCCUUCCACACUAAUCGAGCUGCCGUCUACCUGGAAAUGGGCAAGUAUGAGGAAUGCAUUAAAGAUUGCGACAAGGCUGUAGAAAGGGGUAGAGAACUGAGAUCGGAUUUCAGAAUGAUAGCCAGGGCCUUCACAAGAAAGGGAUCUGCCCUAGUGAAGAUGGCAAAAAGUUCAAAAGAUUACGAACCUGCCAUCGAGACUUUCCAGAAAGCUCUCACAGAGCAUCGUAACCCAGAUACACUGAAAAAGCUCAAUGAUGCAGAGAAAGCAAAGAAAGAUCUAGAACAACAGGAGUACUUCGAUCCACAGAUAGCUGAUGAGGAACGUGAGAAAGGUAAUCAGCAUUUUAAAGAGCAGAAGUAUCCCGAGGCCAUUAAGCACUACACAGAAGCAAUUAAGCGGAACCCAAAAGAUCCAAAAGCAUACAGCAACAGAGCUGCUUGUUACACAAAACUUGGAGCAAUGCCUGAGGGACUUAAAGAUGCUGAAAAAUGCAUUGAACUCGAUCCAACAUUCUCUAAAGGCUAUACGAGAAAGGGUGCUGUCCAAUUUUUCAUGAAAGAGUACGAAAAAGCAUUGGAAACAUACCAGGAGGGAUUGAAGCAUGAUCCUCGCAACCCGGAAUUGUUAGAUGGUGUUCGGAGGUGUGUAGAGCAGAUAAACAAGGCCAGCCGUGGAGAUUUGAGCCCAGAGGAGUUGAAAGAGAGACAGGCUAAGGCAAUGCAAGAUCCUGAGAUUCAGAACAUCCUUACAGAUCCAGUAAUGAGUCAGGUGCUAGUUGACUUGCAAGAGAAUCCAAGGGCUGCACAGGAACACAUGAAGAAUCCUCUUGUCAUGAACAAAAUACAGAAACUCAUCAAUGCAGGAAUUGUUCAAAUGAGAUAA